AUGAAUAUUAUUGGUUCCACCCAGGCCGUCCUUACUGUCGCCGCUGCGACGCAAAGUACCCGGCAGAUCAUUGUUGACGCGUCAAAGAUCGUCGGGGUCAACAGUGCAGAUAGCGCAUAUAUCCCCCCCGGACCCUGGAACCAGGACACCUUCUACAAUAAGGACCCUGCCAUAGGAGCUCUAUUCCCUGAGUAUGCAAUCAAAAAUGUUCUUAUAUACAACUUUCCGGAUAUCUUCCUAGGCUGGGGGAAAACGGGCGUGGAUGGGGAUCCUAUGGUGAAUGACAAUUAUAACUGGACUGGGGCCGAUGACUACAUGCGAUUUGUCACUAGCAACGGGGCCAAGGCCACGAUCCAGUUUCAGCCGACAAACGGGACUAACAGCAACGUCUCCUCCCCGGAAGUACUGGGCGAGAUUGGCUAUAUGGUCACAGAUCGCUACAUGAAUGGUGCCUAUGAUUCCGGCUUCUAUGAUGCGCUUGAGCUGUUCGAGUUUCUGCCAGAGACGGACUUGUUGAGGAGCUACUUUUCUAAUGAUGUGUACGAAGGGUACUUUUCUUAUUUUGCUGCGUUCAGCCGCGCUGUCACGAACGCAAGUCCCGCGGUUGGGGUCGCUGCAUGGGGCGGCAACCAGAUAUAUCCUGUGAAAACAAACUAUUCGGUUUUCAAUCCAUACGUCUCUCGAUUCUACAAGGACUGCCACGACCGUAAUGUUCCUAUCAGGGCUGCAUCAUUCCAUUUUAUAAACACACAAUUUUCCUUUGAUCCAUACGAUAUCAAGCGGGUAACGGACAAAUUCCGCGCAGAGAUUCUGGUCCCUGCCGGGUUGCCAAAUCUCUCCAUAUGGGCCACUGAAUACGAACCAGCUCCGUUUCCAGCUCUACCCACAUCUGCAAGUGCCCUUGCGUCCUUCAACGACCCAGCUUGGUUUGCAAGUUUUACUCUCGGGGUGUCAAUGUACGCCCAGGAUACAACUAUUGACCAAGUCCUCCCAUGGCCCGGGCUCGGCUACAACGGUACCGGAGCCGGUAAACAGCCAUUCCAGGGCUUCUUUAAUCGAAGCUCAUCCGGCCCCAUCCCACUCAACGCGGCAAAGGCAUGGUUUCUGCAGGGAAAGCUGGUUACCGAGACAUCUCAUCGAGUCAAAGUUGAUGGAAGUUCUGAGGAUGGAUUUGCGGCUCUUGCUGGGGUCUCGACUAAGGACAAAAAAUUGCAGAUAUUGUUGAAUAAUUACCAGCUCGAUUAUGAUAUUGCAAAGCAAAUUACAGCCCAGAUGGCUUCCCUUUUGAAUACCUCUGCCUCGGCUUAUCCACUUCUCCAGGAUAAUGGACUUUUGAAUGGGGAGUCGACCUGUUUUGUUACUGGAGCAUGCAUGACAUUUCCCCAGGCUACAGUGCGCAAUAACACUAGUCAAGCAUACCAUCUCCAUGUGGCCGGCUUGCCCUGGAGCAAUACCGAUCGCUACGAGCUCCAGGUCGAGAGAGUAGCAAAUGAAGUCACUGACUCAAUCUACGUACGGAAGAAGGGAAAGGGGAACGUUAUUGAUAUACUGAUCCCCUUUCCUCCGAAUGCGCAAGACUUGAUAACUGUGCAGAAAGUUGCCUAUUAA